AUGCCUGCAUCUCCUAGUGCGACAAAUGUUGGUGCGGGUGGUCGGUCACCCAAGUCUUCCGCACCAAGAGCAGGAGCCAGUUCAACAGUGAAGGCAAGGAAAAAUGUUUCUUCCACAACAACCAGAGCCCGUGCUCCGGGCGGUGCUGGAAGCGGAGGUAUGUGGCGUUUCUACACCGACGACUCACCUGGAAUCAAAGUUGGACCAGUCCCCGUUUUGGUUAUGAGUCUGCUGUUCAUCGCGUCUGUUUUCAUGCUGCACAUUUGGGGAAAAUACACUCGCGGUUAA